CCUAUAGCUCCCUCCAGUACCCCGCUAACGUCUCACUCUCGCUACCUUUUGGAGACCCGGAUCGGAAUACGGCUUGUCCUCCAGCCUACAGCCUCUACGCCAUAGAGAUGCCCCCUUCUUACGACGAGGCCAUCCGCAUGUCCAAGCCGGAGACUCCGUCAGUGGGCCCAAAACCAGACAGCCACGCCUGUGAACCAGCAGCGUCAGAUAGGGAGAGGAACGAAACCCCCAAUUUGCCCGGAUCAUCCCAAAACCGCCCCAUGGAGGCGCAGGAGAACCCGGGGGAUGCAUCUGCUUCUUCCCCCGAGCAAUCGUAGUGGUAGGGGAAGAGGGGAAUGAGGACUGAAGUCACAGUGGAGAAGGGAAAUGUGAUAAUCUGUGCUUGGAUCCAGUGUCUCCUGCCACUUCUGGUAAAAGUAAAGGUUCCCCUCACACAUCUGUGCUAGUCAUUCCUGACUCCAGGGGGUGGUGCUCAUCUCCGUUU